AUGUUACGCAUAAGGAUUAUUACCUUAGAUCAACGUGCACUUUUUCAUCGUGGUUUUGAACGUGUCAGCUUGCCAGAACUUCAUUCUGCCACCCAACAAGAUCAAACCAUAUGUUACUGCCAAAAGCUAAACUCAAGGCUGCCAUCAGCAACAGAUCAUUUGGAUCCUCAAAUUAAGCUUCCUCAUAGAGCGCCUAAUUACAAUAAACAUGUUUUGCUCAUAUCACCUGGUGAUAGGUGUGCUCAGCCAUGGAAAGUAGCAUGGAAUCAUAAUUUGGAUACAAAUGUAAAUCGACCAUACAAUGCAAUCAGUAAAUUACGUUCCCAUUUGGGCAACUCUCCAGGAAUACUGAUAAACGCAGUACAUCUUCAAAACGAUUUCGUGCCUAGUCCAAAGGAAGACGAUGAAUUGAUUCAUUUUUUUGUCAUUCCUGACAUGAAGCUCUACAGAAUAAAGGAAACAGAUCUAGAGGAAUUUGCAUCCUUUCUGGAUGAAGGAGCUCUUCAGACACCAAAACUGUCCUUCAAAGAUUACUUAAGCGGCCAGGCCAAAGUACCCCAACCAUCUCACCAAGUUCGCCAUAAGAACCUUACGAAGUUUCAAGGUGAAACUUUUCUCAGAGAUUGGAGCUUGGUUUGCGGCCAUUACAAUAGAGACGCUAAGUGUGGUGAAGUGGGCCCCGACAUUAUUAAAGCCUUUCAAGAGGAACAGCUGUUUCCUGAAAAUAAUUUAGCCAUAAUUUCUCAUAUUGGUGGCCAUGUUUUUGCUGGAAAUGUCAUUUUUUACAAGCUAUUUAAUGGAGGAAAUACUCAAAACAAACUGGACUCAUUGUGGUUUGGAAAAAUCUACCCACACAAUUUGAGGCUUUUAUGUGAAAGUUUGGAAGAUGGAAAGAUUAUUGAUGAAUUGUACAGAGGCGGUUUAUCAAUGAACUGA